UAAAAACAUCACGGAGACCGAAGAAGUUCAAAGUUCACAAGGAAGUUACCCUCGUGUUGUGGUGUAAAGGGAGACAGGAGCACACUUACGCACAGAAAAGAGAUUAAAAAUACUAUUUUUCCAAAGGAGACAGUUUACUGAAUAAGUUGCCAUGGCCUCCUACACCUGCAUCAGCUGCAGAGUGGCUUUCACAGAUGGUGAGGUGCAGCGAGCGCACUACAAAACCGACUGGCACCGCUACAACCUGAAGCGCAAAGUCGCCGACAUGCCACCGGUCACCGCUGAGAACUUCCAGGAGCGCGUCCUGGCACAACGGACGGCUGCCGAACAACAGCUGAGCGAAACGGCGGCCACCGAGGGCUGCACCGUCUGCAACAAGAAGUUCUCCAGCGCCAACGCCUACCAGAACCACCUGCAGUCGCACAAGCACCAGCAGGCCGAGAAGCAGGCCCUGCUGGCCGCCCAGAGGAAAGUAGAGAUGAUGAACGAGAAGAAUCUGGAGAAAGGACUUGGGGACGAGAAGGUGGAUCACGACGCCAAGAACGAGGCCCUGCAGCAGGCCCUGAAGGAGCAGCAGAGGCCGAGCCCGGCCAAGCAAGGCUCAUCAGAAGGAGCGACGAGGAAGAGGGCGGAGAAGCUGGAGAAACCUCCCAGGCUGAUGUGGCUGGAGGAGCAAGCCAAGAGGCGAGAGGGAGAAGACGGAGCCACAGCUGUGGAAGAAGAGUGGGAGGACGUUGUGGAAGAGGAGGAAGAUGACGAUGAGAUGGAGGAGGAGGAAGAGGAAGAGGAGACGAUGGAUCAAGAGGAGGGAGACUCGGCCGCUGCGUCGGACCCCCGACCCCCUGCUCUGCCGGGCUCCAUCCCCGUCACCGACUGCCUGUUCUGCUCCCACCACUCCAAGUCGCUCAUGAAGAACAUCGCCCACAUGACCAAAGUCCACAGCUUCUUCAUCCCCGACGUGGAGUUCCUCGUCGACAUCAAGGGCCUCGUCCGAUACCUCGGAGAGAAAGUCGGUGCUGGAAACGUGUGUUUAUGGUGCAACGAGAAAGGCCGCUCGUUCUACUCGACAGAAGCAGUACAGAGUCACAUGACAGACAAAAGCCAUUGUAAACUCUUCACAGACGGCGACGCUGCCCUGGAGUUUGCAGACUUCUACGACUUCAGGAGCAGCUACCCAGACAGGAAGGAGGGAGAAGAUGCUGAAAUGGCCGAAGAGGAGCUGCCUGAUGACAAAAACCUGGAGUACGACGACGAAACGCUGGAGCUGACUCUACCUUCAGGUGCUACGAUCGGCCACCGCUCCCUCAUGAGGUACUACAAACAGCGGUUCGGCGCUCAGAGAGCGGUCGUGCUCACCCACAAUAAGAACGCUGUGGGCCGAGUCCUGCGGCAGUACAAAGCUCUGGGCUGGGGAGGCGACGCAGGCUCCCUCUACCAGAAACAGAAAGACAUGCAGUACGUACAGAUGAUGAAGUCAAAAUGGAUGCUGAAGCUCGGCAUGAGCAACAACGCCACCAAGCAGAAGCACUUCAGAGCCCAAGUGAUGUUCUAAACUGGGACCGGAGGGAACUGAACGUCAACGAAAUGUGACGUGGACUUUCAAAUUUAAGAUCUUUGCUACAAGACUUUCAGUACAGCUGCGAGAAUGGUGGUUCCUUGGCACAGCGGCAGAAAGAAAAAUCAAACGUGACGAUCACGUCACGUCAGCAGCGCUAUUGUGUUUUGAAGGAAAUGAAGCCGUGUUGAUAUGAGGUUUAAAAACUAUAGCAAAAACCUCGAUGUGGAGAAACCUUUACCUACUUCUUGGAAUUCUCACAUUAAUUUCCAACUCUCCGUUAUCUCUGUAAAGCUGCAUGGCGGUGUGGAAAGUGUAGGUCGUCUGUAAAUCUGCUUUGUCUUCCUAUCAACUUCAACCACUUUUGGUGGAGAUCAAGAGCAUGAAUUACAUUUAUAAAACGAUUUUGAAACCGUAAAAAUCGAGUCAAAGCUUAAGUAGAUCAAUAUUAAGGAGGUGGUUUUACUAUUUUCAUUUUGUAGGGCUGUCCUCGAUUAAAGAAGUUCUUAUUCGACAAACGUUCGUACAUUUUUGUCGACUACUCAAUUAGUUGCUUUAAUCAACCGAUCUUUAAAAAUUAGUUUCUCCACAAAGAAUCAAGCAAGAGCACCACAUUUCUUGGAAAUAAUGCAUUCAGCAUGAACACAGCAUAAAACAUUACUAAUCGACUAAAGAAGUCUUAGCCGACUAAGACCACAAUGGCCAGGAUUGGGCAUCGAGAACCGGUUCCAACUUGGAAUCGUUCCAAAACUUACGAUUCCAAUGGAAUUGCUUCU